CCCUUACGCUGCUGACGUGUAACAGGGGAAGUUCCUGUUUCGGUGCCGUUAGCAUCAUAGCAUAGCUUUAGCCGCUGCCACUGACCGUUCAAUAUGCAAUCGUCAAUUUUAUCAGCCGUCUAUCUGGUGGUAUAACAACACGAGACAAACCGGUCUAACUUCACAGGUGUGUGUGUGUGCGCGAAGCAGUUUUAUGAAGAACGAUGGGAAAGAAGAGGAUGCCAGAUCUGUACAGAGCCCCCUUCCCUUUAUAUUCUAUUAAAGUGGACCCAGAUACUGGGCUGGUGAUCACAGCAGGAGGAGGGGGUGCGUCCAAGACGGGCAUAAAGAAUGCUGUGCACUUCCUGGAUGUGCAGCUGGUCGGAGAGCAGAGGUACAGUGCCACCCUCCUCCACUCUCAUGACACGGACACGCGUGCCACGAUGAACAUGGCCGUGGGCAGUGGCGUGAUCGCGGCGGGGCAGGACGGGACCUGCUGUCUGAUGAAGUUUAAACACUGCACGCAGAAAGAAGGCAAAGCUGCUCAUAAAGACGCUGGCAACAGUGUGCAGCAAGGAAAUGCCAGGCGAAGAGCUGGGAAAGGAGACAGAGGCAGACAGGACGGAGCCGCUGCGUCUGGAGACACGUCAGAUAUAAAGGACGAGACGGCUCAAAUCACCGUGACCGGUUUGGCUGAAGUCCAGUCGGACCUGAACCCUCAGGACCCUCUCCAGAAAAUGGUCAGGUUCAGUCCCGACUUGAGCCUUCUGCUGACGGGAGGCACAGACGGACACAUCAGAGUCUGGGAGUUUCCAUCCCUGAAGAAGAAGUUUGAUUUCAAAGCACAUGAAGGGGAAAUUGAAGACUUGGACAUUAGUCCAGGGAACAAGCACCUGGUGACUGUCGGCCGAGACUUUGCCUGCAGCGUGUGGAGCGGCAACCAGUUGGUCAUUGGCCUUAACUGGCGUGAAACUAUGCCUCAAAUAGCUGAGAAAACGUAUCGAUAUAUGGCAUGCAGGUUUGGAAAGGUAGAAGACCAAAAAGACGCCCUGAGGCUUUACACGGUGCAAAUCCCCCAUAAAAGAGACCGAAAACCUCCUCCCUGUUUUCUCACCAAGUGGGACGGCAAGAGCUUGUUGCCCAUGCUGACUGCUCCCUGUGGCACUGAGGUCAUCUCGAGUCUGGCUGUCAGUGACUCUGGAACAUUUCUUGGCCUUGGAACUGUGACAGGAUCAGUAGCCAUCUACAUCGCUUUCUCCCUACAGAAACUGUAUUAUGUGCAGGAGUCCCACGGCAUCGUUGUGACAGAUUUAGCCUUCCUGCCCGACUCCAUGAAAGGCAAAAAUAUGAAAGGGAAUAACGAGACAGCCUUGUUAAGUGUGGCUGUGGACAGCCGCUGUCAAGUACACACCGUCACCAACCGAAGAUACUUCCCCGUCUGGCUGGUGCUCUUCUUCUGUGGCCUCAUGGUGGUGGGAGUCAUCUUCCUUCUACAGAACCUCUUCCCGGGAUUUAUUUAAAACCGUUCACAUGUAGUCUCGGAUCAGGGUCGAUGCAGCUCGGACACGUCUCGGCGUCCGCUCGGUCUGACGUCCAAAUGCAACCUGCGCUGCAUCGCAACAAAACCCAGUGCAAUCAAACCAGGACAGACUGGAGAUGUACUUCUUUGACCUCUAUCAAUAAUUAAUAUUGUUUUGGAUUCAUUUUGGAGCUAAAGGGGAUUCAGAUGAUAAUUGGUAAAGGCUGGGUUUUUUAUUGACCUAUUUAAGGAGCAAUAUAGACAGUUAAUUUUCACAGAAUGUGUAUUUUCAAAAACCUACAUGUUGAAUUAUCCCUCGUCUUUGAUGGACUCAGUCCUGUGUUUUUGUUGUUUUCCUGUACGUCCACCAGGUGGCAGCAGAUUGCGCUGGGAGUGAAACUAAAACAUGUCAAAACCAAAAUGUGACAUGGGAUGUCUGAAUUCAAACAUAAAUUAACGACUGUGCCAGUAUCCAGGGUUUAGGGGGAAGAAUCGUUUGAUAAAAACCAAUGUGGUGAUAAAGAAAUGAGCCUGUGCGACCGUAAUGAAGACGUCAUUUAACUGGAGUAAAAGCUAAAUGUUUCCCUCUUUUAUGAAGACAUUCCCACCUUUAUUUUAAUUUAAUCUAAUCUUUCUGACUGCUUAUACUUUUCUCAGCAAAUGUACAAAAAUAUGAUUGUUUUUCUUUAAACGAGCCCCAUAUUAUUGUAACUUGUUGAAAAGACAGAGGAAAUAAAAGUAUUAGU